AUGGGAGAGGAGGAAUUAGUUGAGAACGCUGAGGAAGAGGAGGGCGAGGAGCAAGAACCAGAGGAAGAAGAAGAACCAGCAGAAGAACUAGAAGAAGAAACAGUUGAAGAACCAGAAGAAGAAGAAGAAGAAGAAGAAGAAGAAGAAGAAGAACAAAAAGAAGAAGAACAAGAAGAACAAGAACAAGAUCCAGACGAAGAAGUCGUGGUGGUGAUACAGGAGGAAAAACCGAUCGGGAAGGACGGCGAACAGGCUGACGAAGAAGUUGAAGACGACAACGCAGGCGAAGAAGCAGCAGAGCAAGAAGAA